ACUGCCCAAGGGCACAUGGGGUUUGGGGCCCCCACCCCCACCCCCCUCCUGCCCUAUAAGAGCACCCGGCGCCAGCCCGGGGCAGAGUGGCGGCCACCACGCGAGCACCAUGCAUGGUGCCCUGGGCUCGGCAGCUCUGGCCCUCUUAGGAGCGGCCCUGUGCGCGGCGCAGCCCCGUGGUCGGAUCCUGGGUGGCCGCGAGGCCGGCGCCCACGCGCGCCCCUACAUGGCGUCGGUCCAGGUGAACGGCACGCACGUGUGCGGCGGCGCCCUGGUGACGGAGCAGUGGGUGCUGAGCGCCGCGCACUGCCUGGAGGACGCGGUGACUCCGGUGGCCCGCUGGUGUGCGGGGGCGUGAUCGAGGGCGUGGUCACCUCGGGCUCGCGUGUCUGCGGCAACCGCAAGAAGCCCGGGAUCUACACGCGCGUGGCGAGCUACGUGGAUUGGAUCCAAAGCACCCUGGCCGACGUCGUGGGGAACUGAGGACCACCUGGUCGGCCGCCACGCUUUGGGCCGGGGGGCUUGCAAUAAAGUGAUUCCACCUUGCAGUC